CCAUGUGUUGUGUUUGUGCAGAAUCAAAUCAAAGCACCAUUGCAAAAAUCAUGUCUGUCUAAUUUUAGUAGACAUUUGAAGACAUUCAUCAUGUAAACCAGUUCAGGGUAUUCUCUGCCAUCAACAAAGCAAUCAGUCAAGGAAAUUGCAAACACUGGAAAAUGUUAAAAAUGAGUAAAUUUCUGUUAUUCAACAAUCUAGACAUCCUGUAGAAACGUCCACACAAACUCUGAUUGUCUGAUCCUUCAUUUCUAACAGUCAGACUGCAGAGACAAGCGUGCACGUGAACGUGGACAGCCCUAAGGAGAACCUCACAGUCUGCAGGAUUUGGGGGAUGAAAACAUGACAAAUCUGUCUGACACACGUGUGCCUCACCUACUUCCCCUUACGUGUUGUAUCAAAGUGUGGACUAAGAUGAAGAAAUCCUCCGGGUUACAUCCAUUCAUGAAAAGGAAGCAGAGGAUUUGCUUCUGUGUUAGAGGGGAGGAAGACAGGGUCAGAUGGAGGAAGCUGAUUGGUUGAAGGGAAAAGAAAAUCCAAGUAACUUCCUGUAUUUUUGAGUUCCCUUCUUUAAUUCAUUGGAGGUUUUUUGUAGAUUUGUCAUCACAGUGUGGCAGAGCUCUGAUUCUGCUGUCUGUAAAUGUUUUUAUGCUCAAUAAAGUUUUUAAAAAAAGAAAGAAACGCGUCAGGAGGAAAGUUUAGCCGAAAAGUCUUUACCAAAUAAACAUAAUAGUUUACCUGAACCUACCUGAACGCCUGACCCACACCACCCUCCCUCUGCCGCGCCCUCCUCGCUGAAGCUCCUCCCCCUCUGCUUUCCUUCCUGAUUCACCUGCGCAGGUGAAACAGCAGAGCCGCGCGCCGCCUCGGGACGGGAAGGGAUCUGUCGAACAGCAGCGGAACCGGAACCGUGACGAGCAGUUUAUUUAUCAUACGUGUCUCACCUGUGCGCGGCGGAAGUUCGGCCCGCGUUCCACCUGGGCGAGGGGCCGCAAACAGGAAGUGCAGGUGAAACCUGAUCAGCUGUUCGUAACUUUCCAGCAGCUCUUGUUGGACACCUGAGACAAGAACUCCGACCCGGUUCGGUUCGGCCCGGGUCAUCUGACAGGUGUGGCCUCUGAAGGGCUGGGGCUUGAAACCGGUGUAGGACCCCUCAGGAUGGGGGACUCCAUGAGGACUCAGCUGGUCAGCGCCAUUCAGCUGCAGGAAGUACAGCAGCAGGAGAAACAUGAAGAGCUCCAGGAGGGCGGGAACCACGACAAAACGUUCACGGUGGAGGACGCCGUGGAAGAGAUCGGCUUCGGGCGUUUCCACGUACUUCUGUUUGUCAUCAUGGGGAGCGCCAAUGUCGUGGAGGCCAUGGAGAUCAUGCUGUUGGCCGUUGUUUCUCCAGAGAUUCGCUGUGAGUGGAAACUGGAUGACUGGCAGGUCGCGCUGGUGUCAACGAUUGUGUUCCUGGGGUUCAUGGUUUGUGGCGUCCUCAGUGGUUACAUGGCUGACAGAUUCGGACGUUGGAAGGUGGUCUUUGGCGGCUUUGUCUGGAGUGCCUACUUCUCUCUGCUGACGUCCUUCGCGCCGUCGUACGGUUGGUUCAUCUUCCUGCGCAGCAUGGUGGGCUGUGGCGUCGCCGGCGUGUCUCAGGGGUUCGUGCUGAAGACGGAGUUCAUCCCAGCGAAGUACCGCGCCGUCCUGCUGCCGCUCGCCACAAUCUUCUGGAUGAUGGGCUCCAUGCUGAUCAUCGUUCUGGGGAUGCUGGUUGUUCCCACUCUGGGGUGGAGGUGGAUGAUCCGGAUCUCCGUCACGCCCAGCAUCGUCCUCAUCUUUCUGUUUAAGUUUAUCCCUGAGUCGGCGCGGUACAACGUGUCUGCAGGAAACGUGGACGCCGCUCUGAAGACGCUGCAGAGGAUCGCCAGGAUGAACCGCGCGGGUCUGCCUGAAGGUCGGCUGGUGGAACCUGCUGUGAGAAACCGGGGCAGCUGGAGGAUUCUGCUCAGCCCCUCCUUCAGGAGGACCUCCCUGCUGCUGUGGUACUCAUGGUUCGUGGCGUCGUUUGCGUACUACGGCUCGGUGCUGAGCAGCUCGGAGCUGCUGGAGAAGAACCUGCUGUGUGUGACCAACGCCGAGCGCGAGCACCAGGUCAAACACCGCCACCAGGGCGGCGUCUGCUACUGCAUCCCCUUCGGAUACGGGGACUACCAGACCCUGCUGAUCAGCUGCCUGGGGGAGGUGGCCUUGGUCCCCCUGAACAUCGCUCUGCUGAACGUGUUUGGAAGGAAAACGAGUCUGAGCGUCCUGCAGCUGCUGGCUGCGUUGGUCUUCAUGAUGUUGAACAUCUGCAGCACCAUGCUCGGCUUCACCGUGCUGCUGUUCCUGCUCCGAUCGCUGGUCUCCAUGAACUUUAACGUGGUUUACAUUUACACAGCAGAGGUGUACCCGACAGUAGCGCGCUCCUUGGGGAUGGGAUUCUGUACAUCCUUCAGCCGGAUCGGAGGAAUGAUCGCUCCCUUCAUCGCACAGGUGCUGAUGUCCAAGUCAGUGGUUCUGGCCCUGAGCCCGUUUGCAGUGGCCUGUGUGAUCUGCGCGCUGGGAAACUUCCUGCUGCCCAUAGAAACCAGGGGCCGCGCUCUGCUGCAAAACUCCUGAUGACGCCCCACAAAAAGUUUGAUUUUUACCCGAUGGUCCUGGAUCUUCUGUGGGAACCGGGACUGAACCAGUUCUGAUCCGGAUCAGAAGCCCCUCUCUUUGUUUUUGUGCCUGGAAACGUUUUUUCUUCUUCAUGAACUCUGGAGGAAAGUUCCUCAUCAGGGACAACAGACACCUGUAGCACAGUCUGCUGCCCCACUCGGGUCAGAGCCUCUUCAUGGGUCCAGCUGGACUUCUGAACGCAGCAGCAGGUGUUCUUGAUGGCUGAGGAGCCCACCUGAUGUUCUCCCUCUCCACCAUCCUCCAGCUUUUCAAAUGUUUCAAUGUUUUUGCUGUUUGGACAGUUUGACCAGGGUUCUGCUGCUCCUUGGAAGUGCAAUAAAAAUGAUUUACAUCUGGAAGA